GAAAAUAACUUGUUGUGGUAUGAUACGAAUAUGAGAUUUCGUGGGGAAUAUUCCCUUAAUGGAAGGCGUUUCGGGAUUUAUUUUAUUCUCACCACGGGAAGCACAACAACCUUCGUUAAUGGCCUAAACCAUGAGCGUAAUGAUGGAUGACAUGGAGAAUGGAGACCAGACCUUGGACACGGUGAGCUUGCGGACAGAAGGCAGUCAUUUCGGAGACGAUGGAGAAAGCUCUCUGGGCUCUGACUCCGAGGUCAACGGCUUCCCGGGAUACAGAGAGACGGACAAGUACGGCUUUAUCGGAGGAGCACAGAAGUAUUCGGCCGAAUCGUCUGAGGAAGUUCCUCCAGAUGUGUUAAGGCAGAGAGAGCUGAAAUGGUUGGAGAUGCUGAAGGACUGGGACAAAUGGAUCAGCAAGAGAUUCAAGAAGGUGAGGCUGCGAUGUCAGAAAGGAAUCCCUCCAUCGAUGAGAGGCAGAGCCUGGCUUUACCUGUCGGGGGGGAAAGUAAAGAAGGAGCGAAACAGCACAAUGUUCAAGGAGCUGGACAGCAAAGAGGGAGAUCCGAUGUGGAUAGAUGUGAUUGAGAGAGAUUUGCACAGACAGUUCCCUUUCCAUGAGAUGUUUGUGUCACGAGGAGGACACGGACAGCAGGAUCUGUUGCGGGUGCUAAAGGCAUACACACUCUACAGACCUGAUGAAGGUUACUGUCAGGCUCAGGCUCCGAUUGCUGCAGUGCUGCUCAUGCACAUGCCUGCUGAGGAUGCAUUUUGGGGUCUUGUUCAGAUCUGUGAGAAAUACCUUCCCGGUUACUACAGUGCAGGCUUGGAGGCGGUUCAGCUGGACGGAGAGAUCCUGCACGCGUUGUUGAAGCGAGUGUGUCCGAUGGCGUAUCGACACCUGGACAAGCACAAGAUCGAGCCGGUGCUCUACAUGAUGGAGUGGUUCAUGUGCGCCUUCUCCAGGACUCUGCCCUGGGCCUCGGUCCUCAGAGUGUGGGACAUGUUCCUGUGUGACGGAGUGAAGAUUAUAUUCCGUGUAGGCUUGGUGUUGUUGAAGUCCAUGCUGGGAUCUCGGGAUAAGCUGAAGGCCUGUCCUGGUCAGUAUGAGACCAUGGAGGCUCUCCGAGCAAUUGAACCCAAAUACAUGCAGGAGGGGUACUUAGUACACCAGGUUUUAGAAAUGCCGGUCACUGCACGGGAUGUAGAGCGUCAGCACCGCUCACAGUUGAAGCGCUGGAAGAAGAAGCGCGGCGAGCCCACCCGCAAACCCCCUCAGAGAAUGCACAGUGCUCGUGCCAUCAUGGCCAACGAGCCUCAUACACGCCAAGACCUCCGUCAAAAACCUACCAUUAUCGUCAAGUACCCAUCGAUCCCUGAGGAAAUAUCCGAGUCGAGCCUCAGGAAGAAAAGAGGGUCCAUCAAGAAAAACCAACCCCUCAUUCCUAACAUCCCUAACCCCUACGCCCUGCCAAGUGAGUCUAAACUUAAUUCCAUAUUGGAAAUACAGCCUCCGAACAAGGAAAACCAAUAUGUUGCGCUUCCAAAUCCUCCAUCACAUCCACCUCCUCCUACAAAGCAAGAAAAUCAGGUCAGAGCGACGAACGUUUCUACAGAGCGACUCGUGCAGUCGUCCUCGAAUUCCACCCUCAAUCAAAAACCGGCAGGAUCGCUUCCUCUCCUUCAGAAUCUCUCACUCCAACCUCCUCCUGCACACGAAUCAACUCCUGAGUGGCGUCCUCACCUGUUGGACUCUCCUCCUGUCCUAUUUCCAAAACUUCUCCCUGGCUCUGGUCACCUCCCUAAUAAUACAGAAAAGUCUGCCGCCAUCUUGGGUCCACCUACACACUCGAGCCCUCUGCUUAAGCACAACGUACCUGCCAAGGAAGCACCGACUGCUGUGCCCGGGGACAAAAACGGUGCACCACGCAACUCCACAGAGAGCAUCAACAGCUCAGAGGACACCUACUUGUAAAUUUCACCACCCGGUGGCUCGGAAAACCAGGGAGCUGCAGAGGCGGGAGAAAUAUUUACAUUUUUUUUUUUUUUUACAUGCAAUUGCUAAUUUAAGUAAGAGCAGAGGUUCGGUUAUUACAUAACCUGUGAUCAUUUUUUGAAACGAAUGAUUUUUCUUAAAUCAGAUGUACACAGUUCACCCCAGAGGCAGACAAAAUGUCUGAUGCUUGCUUCUGUUUUGCACUCGAUGGUCAGACACCAAACAUGUCGUGGCUCGUUGACUAAAAUUGGGAUGAGGGUGAAAUGGUGCAAAUUUGUCAUUUUUUUUACAUUAAGAAACUGAUAUUUCAUUAUUCACUAUAGAAAGAAACUCGGAUCAGCGGAGUCAGAGAAAGUCCUUUGAACAUACUCCUCAGCGUCUCUCACACACUGCAAGCUUGGUGCAGAGAAUGAUCCACCAGCCUAAAGAAUCUUCUCAUCAGGUUUCCUUUCCAUUAAUGGAUGGUUUGUGAGAGAGCGACUGACAAAUUGCGCAUAGCAGCCGAUGUACUCAGACAUAAAUAUUAAACAAAAUAAAUUCCUGAACGUCUGAGUCCCUGAUGGGAAGUGGAGCAUCACGCUACUUUAAGACCAGCUCUUAACACUGAAAUGCAGAGCGAUAUUGGAGGUUCUGAGGUUUAUGUGUCUGAGUCUCUGCAUCUGAGGCUGCCCGUUUGAGACUCUACCUCUGAAGCUGUGUCUGGGGCUAUAUAUCUGAGGCUCAAUACCCGAGGCUCUGCAUUUGAUGCUGUAUGUCUGAGGAUCCAUGUCUGAGUCUCUGCAUCUGAAAAGCUGCGAGUGUGAGGCUCUGGGUUUGGGGGGCAGUCUGUCUGUCUGAGACUCAGCAUCUCAGGCUUUUUGCUUUCAGUUCCUUACUUAUAUGCUUUAUGUGAUACUAACACGAUUGAGGUCAUUAUUGGACUUCUGUUAAAACUGCACAAUGGGCAUGUGCCAAAAUUCAGUUUUCAUAUCACCUUUUGCAUCGCUACUCUAUUAGGCACAGUACAUGGAACUUCAGAAAAAAUCCUUCUUUAGUCUGUCUGACCUUCUUGAAACUUUUUGUCUUCUACGUGAACUUUCCAAAUGGGAUUAUUACUAUUAUUGGAAGCUCAGCUUAGAAAACAUUGGCCUGCCUACUAGAGGUGGACAAUUCUAAUAAUUUCCUCUUGUUAUUUUAUUGAAUUAUGUCAAAACGGCAUCAUUAGGGUUUCCAAAACAUGGAGCAAACGUGUCUGUUUAAUAAGUUAAGUAAAUUGGUUGACUGUACAGUAUGAUGAUGUCUUAUUUAGUUAUUUUAUACCAGUAUGCCAUAAGAUAAUCGUUAUCUAAUUAAACGUGACUCAAAUGCAAGAUUCAGUAGUGCAACAAUUACAUUCCAACUUAUGUUUCCUCAGAUUUAAGACAUAAUUUUGUCUCAUGUAUGAUAUAUAAUAUAUAUUUUUGCCAUAAUCUUUCUCUGCUGCUAUCAAGAGCGUCUGUUUCUGACCCAAAUGCAGAGCGUGUUGAUCUUGUGUGUUAAACAGUGUGAUGUGUUGUGGAAUUGAAUAUUGGCACAUGUCUACUGAAUAGAAUCUUCUACGUGUGACGGUUUACUCCGGUGUACUCUUGAGAAAAGGGAGAAACCCGGGAAUGUGUUUCUUGCUUCAGCUACUAGAGGGCAGACUUCUUCCAAAUAAAAUGUGCACGCUGUCCACAAAAUACUCUAAAGUGCCUGAGGAGUCAUUCCUCGUUACAGACUUUAGAAGGGAAACUUCAUCAACUACCCACGGAUUCGCUCUUGAACGAAUCUCAUACGAACGCUUUGUUUAUGUUACACUCAUGCACGUGUGUUCUUUUGGCAGAUUUUUUUUUCCCCUUUAUUCAAAGCAGUCACCGUUUCUUUGGGUUUGUGUUUCCCACCCUUCUUCCAUUAUGCAACACAACAAUCCUGUACAAUCGCUACAUCAUUUUUUUUCAAUGAAAUAUCUGCUCUACACACUAUAUUGCCAAAAGUUUUGGGACACCCCUUCAAA